AUGUGGUGUAGAAAUUUCUCAAGAAAUAUUUUGAGAAUUUGUCGCAUUAUAAACGAUUGUUCAUUUCCGAAAACUACGAUCAAUAGAUCGUACACUGUCGAUAGAACACCAAGGAUACUUAUUACAGGUGGUCUUGGACAGCUAGGUACUGAAUGUGCAAAGCUACUUCGUAAAAAUUAUGGAAACGAGAAUGUGAUAUUAUCUGACAUAAUCAAGCCAACGGAAGAAAGUUUAUCCAGUGGACCGUUCAUUUUUGCUGAUAUUCUUGAUUUCAAAGGGCUCCAAAAAAUCGUAGUGAAUUACAGAAUUGACUGGCUAAUUCAUUUUAGUGCUCUUCUUAGCGCUGUAGGCGAACAAAAUGUUCCUCUAGCUGUGAGAGUCAAUAUAGAAGGAAUGCACAACGUUAUCGAAUUGGCAAAACAAUAUAAAUUAAGGAUAUUUAUUCCAUCGACGAUCGGAGCAUUUGGUCCAGAUUCACCGCGGAAUCCUACACCGAAUGUAACUAUUCAGCGUCCACGAACAAUUUAUGGUGUCAGCAAAGUUCACGCUGAAUUAUUAGGCGAAUAUUAUCAUCACAGAUUUGGCCUUGAUUUCCGAUGUCUUCGAUUUCCAGGAGUUAUUAGCAGUGAUCCGCCAGGUGGUGGUACCACAGACUAUGCGGUUGCAGUUUUCCACGAAGGAUUAGUGACUAAAAGAUACGAGUGUUACUUGGAACCUUAUACGAGAUUACCAAUGAUGUAUAUAAAGGACUGUUUGUCAGCGCUUUUUCAAUUUUUAAACGUUCCAAAUGAAAAAUUACAAAGGAGGGUGUACAAUGUUACCGCCAUGAGUUUCACACCCGAAGAGUUAUUCAGUGAACUUAAAAAGCACGUUCCAGAUUUAAAGAUUUCAUAUAAACCGGAUGCAAGACAAUAUAUUGCUGAGAAUUGGCCACAAGUUUUUGAUGAUAGUGAGGCGCGUCGGGACUGGGGUUGGCAACAUAAAUACAAUUUAGAGACACUGGUAGAAUCAAUGGUUCGCGAUGUAAAGAAAAAUAUGUCAAACAAAAGAUCAUUAAAGGAGGUUAACAUUGCUCUAGCAGUUCUAACCGGAGUCAUACUUAUUCUUCCUGCUUUUGUUGAUGACAUAGAAUCUCUAUCUCUCUUAGGUGUCAUGGUACUCCUUAAAGGUGUACCAAUACCUUUAUCAAUAUUUUUGGGAGUACCUAUGCUGGGAGAUGCAAUUCCAGGACUAGUGAACCUUCCACUUUGUGAAAGUCUAUCUUUAUUUUCCAGUUCUAUAGUAAACAAAAAUAACUGUAUUUGUUAAAACAAUUUACAUAUGUAGCUUUUUAAUAUGAAACGUCAUUAUACCUGUUGCAUUAUUAGCUAAUAUAACACGACUUUCCGCAAAAUAUACAUUUGGAUGACUAAUAAGUUUAUCUGGCAUACGUUUAUGUAUAAAUUUAAAGUAUGCUGUACAAGCACCAAGAUAAUUCUGUUCUCUGGCAAGAUCUGCUAUUUCAUUAAUAGCUGAAAUAUACAAAAACUGUAAAUAUCAUUUUUAGAAUUUGAAAGUAAAAAAAGAAUACUCUUACUUGCUGCAGGUACACCAUAAUUAA